AAUUCAAGGGUACCCACUCGUGGAUCGUUCCUCGACUCGUCACGAGCUGCACGCAUACUCGGUCGUGUUUUUACUUUCCGCCGCUCUUUGGUCGUUUCCGUGUUCAGUCGAGCGACUAUCUUCACUUCUAUCCGGGGAAAAACAAUCGUUUCCGGUGCAAGAAAUUGAAGUGCAUUAAUCAAUAAGCCUGUGAGUAAAAUCACUGCUUGACGAUGUCCGUCAUUCGCUUCUUGGUGUGGACGAUGUGCUGCGUUACUUUGGGUGCAGCCUUCAACUUGGAACCCUAUUUAUCAAUUGCCCGAUGCAAAUCAUCUUGUAUCAGCAAAUAUUCCAUCGAUGGAUCCUGCGAUUCGGAGAAUUCGGAAGAACUCUCUUGCAGCAAAUGCUGGUACAACUGUGAGUCGCUCCUGUUCGAAUGGGAUGAUACGCGCGACAUGUGUGAGAAGCCAAAUUGCAUCAAGUUCCCAGAAUGCGUGAAUCCCUGCUACUAUUAUAAGUCUCAAGAGCCUAAAUCGGAGUACCUGCCAUCCAUGUUACCCGCACCGAAGAGCGAUAAAAUUACCCUGGGAAGAUUCGACGUAGGGAUAGUCUUCAAGAGGAUGAACGUCGAAUGGAAGAAAUAUGAAUGGUUUAAUUCAAAAACGAUACCAACACUAGACCUGAACUCUUGGAUAAUUGUCGUAACUCAGAGUGGCGUUGAGCACUGGAGUAAGAUCAAUUGGUCGCCAAGCUUAGUAACUCUCAAGGAAGGACCACUUUACGAAGCUACCCUUACCUGGAAAAAUCCAUCGAACAUAUUCAUGCAAAAAUUGAAUCACGUCAAGACGAUGCUCAACAGUGAGACAGAAAUUAUCCAUAUGGACGCUGAUUAUUUAUCAUCGGAAGCUUUGAAAAUUGUAGUAAAACCUACCUUAUCUACAAAAGCAAGUACUGGUUCGCUAUCUCCAGAAUUGUCUCUCGAUCUUCCAAUGACCACCGAAUCCUUCGACUACCCACAAGCAUCUGAACUUACGUAUAUCGUCUCUUGGCAACCGGAAGCUGGUGGCCUUAUGGGAAAUCAGGUAACCAAGUCCAGCACCACACAGAUCUCUCUUCUACCUGGUGUUAAGUAUCAGGUUAGGAUUGCCACGAAUGAUGGUCCUGGCAGUUAUGCUAUUGAAGUGGACACCACCUCUGGUUCUCAACAAGUAACAAGCAAACAAGACGACUCUUUGGAUACGGACGAUUCCUUUAAGAGGAAGGAGUUUGUUCUCGUGACUAAAGAAAUUUCUCUUCUGAAGGUAGCUUUGAAAAAGAUCUUUUUACCGACGGAAUUAAUUUGGCCCACGUCCGCCGCUAUCGUCUCUGCUUCCCUUUUGAUUCUCCUCAUCGUACUCGUCAGGAGAGCCAACAGAGACAAAAAAAAUAUUGCCGUUGACAAUAUUGCGUGAAGUUCCUUAAGACUGUUUGUUGUCCUCUGCUAAAGGUUCCUUAAAAGGAAUUCGUGGAACGUGAUUUGAAAAUCACCAUCUCAGGGUAUCUAUACGUUAUGACGAGUCACACGAUUGGAUAAACGUACUGGAGAUACAAUCCCCGCGAAGUAUAUAUCAAAUGUAUAAAACGUCCCGAAGAAAUAUCACGAAAUUGGACUCCGCGCCGAAGUGUGAAUGAAUGUACAAAAUAUUAUGUUCGGUUAACGAAAUAGGGUUGAGAAUCUCGUAAGAAAUAUCUGUAAAGAGCUGAUAUUUUUAUAGACUGUAUUACCAUUGCUCAACACGCAACGUAUAGACUGUCUAAGAAGUUCCUGUUUUUAAGAAGCGGCUCGGUCACGUGCCAAAUUCUAUAUUUAUUUGUA